CCUCGCUCUCCAGAGCUCUCAGACAGCAGCCGGAUCCGGGCUGGCUCCGGGGCGCCAGGCCAGGCCCCCGCAGCAGGCAGCCCGGCCCCGGGAGCGGGACGCCCUCGUCCCGGCCCGGGGCCCCCUAUUCCGGCCACAGCCUCCUGGCCACUUCGCUGGGACCCCGCCGCGGUGGUGAGAACUCGGCGGGCGCCGCGGAGGCCACGGCUGUCCUGGCCACGACGGCGGCGGGUGGACCCUCGAGCGCCGUCCCGGGCCGAUGUCCCAAGUGAGCCAGCGCCCCCCUCACUGCGACGCGCCCCAUGGAGCCCCCAGCGCAGACCUCGGCCCAGGUAGGACCGGGAAUGGAGGCGAGGCCGAACCUGAGUCGGCCCAGACCCCAUCUCUUCUGCCUGGGCUGGAGGAAGUCACAGGACCCACUCACCCUGUGGAGGCAGCGCUAGAGGAGAGCUCCCUGGAGGAGGCGGCACCCCUCAUGCCCCAAGGCAAUGGCCCUGGGGCCCCCCAGGCCCUGGACAGCACUGACCUCAAUGUCCCCACAGAAGCUGUGACACGCCAGCCUCAGGGGAACCCCUUGAGCUGCACCCCACUGGUGGUGAAUGGCUCCAGCCACCCCUCGGAGCUGGGCAGCAGCAGACGGGCAGGGAAUGGCACCCUGGGUGGCCCCAAGGCCCACCGGAAGUUGCAGGCGCACCCAUCUCUCACCAGCCAGGGCAGCAGGAAGAGCAAGAGCGGCCCCAGGUCUGCCGCGCCCCAAAUCCCUCUUCAGGCACAGGACGACUGCUGCGUCCACUGCAUCCUGUCCUGCCUGUUCUGCGAGUUCCUGACGCUGUGCAACAUCGUCCUGGACUGCGCCACGUGCGGCUCGUGCAGCUCCGAGGACUCGUGCCUGUGCUGCUGCUGCGGCUCGGGCGAGUGCGCCGACUGCGACCUGCCGUGCGACCUGGACUGCGGCAUCCUGGACGCCUGCUGCGAGUCCGCCGACUGCCUGGAGAUCUGCAUGGAGUGCUGCGGGCUCUGCUUCUCCUCCUGACCGGCCGGGCCUCCGGCACCACGCCUGAGCCCCUCCCUGGCCUCUCACCGCGCCCCCCGCCCCCUCGGGCCCCAGCCGGGUGGGAAGCGGGUGCCCCGGAGCCACCCCCGCCGCGGGAGCUGGGGGCCUCGCCGGUGACCUCGCUGGGAGCCGGGCGGGGGUCCGGGACCUGCCACUCGGCGGCCGACACUGUGAAAGGCGGGGGAGGGGCGGCCGCGGGGAGGGGGCUGUGGGGGCCCCGCCUCCGGUGCCGCCUCCCCUGCCACCCCAGGCUGAGCGGACGGCACAAUGUGAAAGCGACACCCCACCCCGCCUCCGCCAAGCCCCUCGCGAGUUCCCCUUCCUGGGCUCCCGUGGGGGCCUGCCCCGUCCGGGGUGGGGGAGGGCAGGGCGGGCUGGAGGGGCAACGGCACAGGCA